UUACCUUUCACUUUUCUUCAACGCUCCCUCAUUUUCCUCCUCUUUACCAAAAGAAAAAAAAAACUUUAUUUUCUCCGGCCAUCUAAAUCGGAGCAAAAUAUUCGGAUCUAAACCGGGUCUAAAUCGGGUCAAAUCAGUUCGGAUCUACUGAUGUCUUCAUACUGGUGUUACAGAUGUACUCGAUUCGUCAAUAUUUCAACUGAUAACGACGUCGUUUGUCCUCACUGUAAUACCGGAUUUAUCGAACUAGCUGAAGGCAACAACAAUACUAAUAAUAACAACAACAAUAUCAACUCGCCGGAAUCUCGCCGGAAUAUGAGUAGUUCACGCCGGAGCCGACGUAAUGCUCGCGCCGGCGCCGGAGAUAGAUCUCCGUUUAAUCCAGUUAUCGUUCUCCGUAGUCCAUCUGAAGCACUUUCGAGAGAGAAUCACGAUGAUAAUGCUGAAGUUGUGGUGGGAGAAGAGCGUAAUUACGAGCUUUACUACGACGACGGUGAAGGUUCCGGUUUAAGACCGUUACCUCCAACGAUGUCGGAGUUUUUAAUGGGAUCUGGAUUCGAUAGAUUGCUCGAGCAGUUAUCGCAAAUCGAAGUGAACGGUUUCGGAAGUCGACAGGAGAAUCCGCCUGCCUCGAAAUCGGCUAUCGAAUCGAUGCCGACAGUGCAGAUUGCCUCCAAGCAUGUUAGCUCGGAGGCGCACUGCGCUGUCUGUAAAGAAGCAUUUGCUUUAGGCUCCCAAGCAAGAGAAAUGCCCUGUAAACAUAUAUACCAUUCGGAUUGUAUACUUCCGUGGUUGAACCUUCGUAAUUCGUGCCCGGUUUGCAGGCACGAAUUACCAGCGGAAGCAACAACAACGGAAGGUACUGUGACUUCUGGUGAUUUUCCCCGUACUCGUAAUAACAACGAUGAAGAAGCGAUGGGGCUGACGAUUUGGAGACUUCCAGGCGGUGGGUUUGCUGUCGGGAGAUUUUCAGGCGGUCGGAGAGGAGCGGAAAGGGAAUUACCGGUAGUUUAUACCGAAAUGGAUGGUGGAUUUAACAAUGGUGUGCCUAGAAGAAUAGCUUGGAGAUCAAGGAGGAGUAAUGCGGGUCGAAAUGGUGGUGGAAUAAGUCGGAUUUUCAGCAAUUUCGCGUCGUUUUUCAGGCGAUUAACGCCCUCGAAUCGACAGAGGAGAUCGCUAUCGAUACAUUCGAGUAGUUCGGAUUCAUCCGGGUCUGGAUCUGGUGUUUUUAGGAGUCGGAGUGUGUCGAAUAGUUCGAUGUUUAGUAGGUAUUUGAGGAGAAGUAGAAGAAAUUGGGUACCUGAAGAAAGUAAUGGAGUAACAAGAUGGUAAUUUAAGUUACUUUGGGGGUGAAAAAUGUCAAAUUUUUUAAUUAUUACUUGUCGAAUCGAAGCACUAUGAAAAGAAAAAAAUUGUUCGUAGAGCAAUCGACUAGAAGCAGAAGAAGAAGAAGUAUGUCAUUUUUCAAUUAUUACUUGCUUAGUUGAAGCACUAUGAAAACAAAAAAAAAAUUGUUCGUAGAGCAGUCGACUAGAAGCAGAAGAGGCAAUAUGUCAUUUUUCGAUUUUACUUGUUGAAUCGGGGCGCAAAAAAAACUAAAA